GCAUGGGACGUGACGUCAUACUGACAGGGUCAAAACAUUGAGAAGUGUCAGAAGUGGAGGAUUUCCUGGUACUUUUCCGUGCGAUUUUCUCAGUGAUUCCGUGAAUAUCCAGCGACCAGAGGAUGGGCAACGCGGGCAGUAAUAUGCCGCGAGAGAGGCACAAAUCCAGUUCGGCAGACGUGACGCCCGGAUCGCCGGGAAUGAAGGAUGGUCAGGCUUUUGUGUUUGAGAAGAAGGUCGUGGCGCAGCCAGCGGAAGAAAACGAGCCCUACUACACGAAAACAGUGAAAUCCGUGGGCCAGGAGCCCGAGUUUGUCACAGAGUUCAGGCAGCGCGCCCACACCACCACAGACGAUCCGCGGGAUGAGGAUGAGAGCGAAUCCGGGGAUAAGAAGAAUCCGGCGCUGCCCACGGUGUUCAAGUGGGACGGCGGCGGACGACAGGUUUACAUCAGUGGCACCUUCUCCGACUGGCAGACUGUGCCGAUGGUGAGGAGCCACGGAGACUUCGUCACAAUCAUCGAUUUGCCAGAGGGAGAUCAUCAGUACAAGUUCCUGGUGGACGGAGAGUGGAAACACGACCCGAAAUUGAAAAACAUCGAUAACGAUGUGGGGAACAAGAACAACCUGGUUUCCGUGCGUCAGUCGGACUUUGAGGUGUUCCAGGCGCUGGCCAAGGACAGCGAGGAGGGUGGCAACAAUGAACAGAAGGAGUACACUCAAGAAAUUCCGACCAACAAGCCAUGGGAAAAGGUCACAGGACCCCCAAUUUUGCCCCCACACCUUCUCCAGGUGAUCCUCAACAAGGACACCCCGCUAUCUUGCGAGCCAACUCUGCUUCCGGAACCAAAUCAUGUGAUGUUGAACCACCUGUACGCUCUGUCCAUCAAAGAUGGAGUGAUGGUACUGAGUGCCACACAUCGCUACAGGAAGAAGUACGUCACGACGCUCCUCUAUAAACCCAUUUAGUAUGUUUAUCUCCACAUUUUUGCUUCCUGGAAGCCCAAAAGUGAGUCUUUUGGGCUGCUUGCCUUACUUUGGCAGCAAAUCACCAACUAAUUUAGGAUUUUACUUCGCACGCCAUAAGAAACCAACGGUGUAUGGUGUAGAGAGUGGAUUUUUUAGGGCGCUUUAAAGGGAUUCAGAAUCUCUGAAAUCCCAGAAAUGGCUCUGGAAAUCAGAUUUUCUCUUAUUUGUUGCUUGUAAAGGAUUUUAUUCUAUUGAUACUGGACGGCUGUUUACAGAGAUAAAUUGAAUAAAUAUAUUUGCCAUGUAAAGAAUUAAA